AUGGGAUGUUUUCUAGCUUCCCUGCCAAUUACACCGACAGAAUCAAAAGACCCCCAGAUUUUACCAUCUCAAAGAACACACAAGAAAAAAUUAGCAAUACUUGUACCAUUUAGAGACAGAUUUGAUGAAUUAUUAGAUUUUGUACCACAUAUGUAUAAAUUUUUGAACAAACAAAAGAUACCAUUUCACAUAUUUAUCAUACAACAGAAAGACAAUAACAGAUUUAACCGAGCCUCUCUGAUAAAUGUUGGCUUUAUUUAUACUAAACAUGAUUAUGAUUAUAUAGCAAUGCAUGAUGUUGACUUGCUACCUUUAAAUGAUAAUUUAAGUUAUAAAUAUCCUGCGAAUGGUGCCUUCCAUAUAUCAUCACCUCAAACACACCCAAAGUACCACUAUGAUACUUUUAUUGGUGGCAUAUUGUUAAUUAAACGGGAGCAUUUUGAAUUAGUCAAGGGGAUGUCUAAUAAUUAUUGGGGAUGGGGGUUGGAAGAUGAUGAAUUUUAUGUGAGACUUAAGGAUGCUCAAGUUAAAGUUUUAAGGCCUGAGAAUAUUACAACUGGAACUGAAAAUACUUUUAAGCAUAUACAUGACAAGACAUAUAGAAAGCGUGAUAUGAGAAAAUGUUAUAACCAACGAGAAGUGACUCGGAGACGAGACAGAGUAACUGGAAUACAUGAUGUUGCUUAUAAAAUAUAUAGCACACAUAAUGUUAUUAUAGAUACUUUACCAAUAACUGUAAUAAAUGUAGAGCUAAUAUGCAAUAAGACUGCAACACCUUGGUGUCAAUGCCCUGAACCACCAAAAGUAAAAAAAGUUAAC